AUGGCUCAGUGUGGCUAUUCGUCUUUGAUCGAAUCUAKUACCCCGUGUGGGCCACACUGGAAAUACCCGAAAGAUGUGGAGUGCAUCGCUUUAAAAGAUUGUAAGAAAGACGUCACCUCUCAUCUACGAUUCUGUAACACUUUUGAUGUCGCAAUCAACAGCGAGCAAAAGUUGUUGCUUUGCAGAGCUGGAAUUUUCAAAAAGGAAGAGCUCGAGCGCCACGACACUCUGACUAUUUGUCCGUCACACCGUAAUAACAGUGGAGUUGGCUGGAGGUGUGGUAGAAAAAACUGUCCUAUCCCUAGUGAUAUAGCAGGACAUAAGACUGSUAAUGCAAAAGGAGAUCGUGGUAUCACCAGUAAAGAGUCUGAAUUUAUUUACUCUACAACUCGAAGACUAAUACCAUUUGGAACACUUAUCUGUAGACGUUGUAAGACUCAUAUCAAACAACUACUUGAAGAAAAUCCAAGUGAUUUACUCACUGCAACGACACCAGUUGAAAUUCCAGAAAUUGUUUUACCAAGUGAAAAUGAAGGAGUAGCAGAACUAAAUCCCAGUGGAGCUGGAGCAGAUCAGCAGGAGAGUAAUAGUAUUUCAUCASAUGAAGAGCUGGCGACACAAUUAAAGCAGUUACUUCAUGUCCAAGAUGAGACCUUCCUUCCCUCUGACACCGAUACUGGUAGCACAGGAUCUUCAUCGGACGAGAAGUCCAACAUAAAGAAGUCAAACAUAAAGAAGUCAAAACUUAAUGGAUUUCUCGAGGAAUGCAAUGUUGAACCGCUAGGACGUCCAUGGAUUGACUGGGACAAAGCGAGUGAAAAAACCCGACAACGCUACACUAAGCGCGCUUGCGACGUGGUAUGCAGUGUCCUAUCGGUAAUGUACCCCGGUCCUCAUAGCCAUGAUUUAUGGAAUAAAGUAAGAUCAUCGCCCAUAAUGAGUACGCUCCCUGGUGCAUCCCAACUAUCCCAAUCUCAAGUUAACUACCUGGAAGCUCUAUCUGAAGCGUACAAAAAUGUCUCAGGUUGGGAUUCCCGUCGACAAAUUCUUUCCAUAAUGACAGGGGUGGCAACCUUCAAGGAGAUACRAAGAUUUAUCCCAGGGCUAACACAGUAUCGCUUUACCUCUGCAAACCUCCACYGCCUACAGUAUGGUCGUGCUGCUCCAGUUCAAGUAAAGCCUGUAGCACGUCUGCGCAUCGAAAGAAAACAACUGGACCAUUUCCUGGCUUUUAUUACAAGCCCGCAUAUCGUACAAGAUCUGCCCUUUGGCGAGAAGAAACUGAAGCUUUCCUAUGGUGAAAUUCUUGCUGUACCCAACGUAAUAAGAACAAUCAUCCCACAGCACAUUGUUGAACAGUACAAGCAGUAUUGUGCCGAGAUAAACUUCAAACCAUUCAGUGAAAGUACGAUGAUACGCAUUCUGUUGGAGUGCAGUGCCUCCUUGCGCAAGUCCCUACAAGGCCUUGAUUAUUUUGCAGCUGAAGGCGCAAGGGGAUUUGAAGACUUAUCCKAGGUUCUGGGAAAGACGUUGGCACUUGGUGCUUCCGAAGAUGAGGUUGCAAAUCUACAAGAAUCCUUGAAGGCUGGAAAACAUUACUUGAAAGGAGAUUAUAAGGUACUUGUAAUUUCGUCGGUACAUAUACRACUACAAAUCCCACAUCAACUGACCCUCCAUGGGCGAGGUGUCGAUCAUACAUGGGAACUGUACCAUUAUUCCGGCCUAGUCUGCGGGAUUCCCAGAUGA